AUGGGCUCGGCGGUGGAUCGACCGGGGAGGGAUUAUAUAGGGCAGGCCCCCACGUUUCACAUAGCCAGCCAGGGUCCAGGCCGAUCUCGAGCAGGCGUGCUGCUGUCGGACUGGGCCGGAUCAGGCCUGAUCAGGCUCGUCAGGACUCAGUUGGACCCGUCUUGGAAGCUGGUCCCGUUUGCAUCAGGCUCAAACGGGCGGAUGUGCUGGAGCUGCGGAGCCCAGUGCGGCGCUCUUCUGACGCCCCAAUCCGACGAUAGGCGUCGCCAUCACAGCGGAGAAAAAUGUAGCUCAUCAAAGCCUGCGGCCGCUCACCGUCCCGGCAGUCGGGGCGAGCUUCCCUCGCCCGCCAAGACCGAGCCGAGGGGAUUGGAUUGA